UAUUGCAACCCCAGAGCCCUUCGCACCCAAAUACGGAUACAUUUUUAAGAGAUGCAGUGCAAUAUGCAAUCAUUGUUGUUUACGGCAUGCGUGAUUAUCACCAGUGAUCUGCUUGUAUCGGCCCAAGAUGAACUAAUAUUCUCAGCGACAAGAAGGCCAAGUGUGCCAGUUACGGGGCCACCAGCGCGUCGCAAUUGGGUGCUCGUCAACAAUAUGCCAGUGAUGGCAACUGUCUCACCCUUUGUCGACGCACCACAGCCAACAAGAGAGUUCCUCAAUUGCUUUGGCAGUUGCCCAACAACUUCAGAGUAUAAUCCGAUCUGUGCCAGCAAUCGACAAUUGUAUCUCAACGAACAGAAGUUUAACUGUGCUCGCUUCUGUGGUGCCGAUAUACAAAUUGUGCGACGAAGCAGCUGCGAAGGUCUUUUUCCUAUGCAACGCGGCUGAAAUACAUAUGUAAAAUAUAUUUAUUUUAUGAUACAAAUAUGAAAUGUUUAAAUCUAGCAUGACAUCAGUUUUUUGAGGUUUAGAAAAAAACAAUUUCUUAAUUAAUAAACAAAAGCGAGGUAGCUGCGAAAGACCAACCAUUGGAUUCACUCGACACAGCUCGCAAAAAGUGA